ACGGCAUUCUACGCGCGCUGGUGAUCCACGACUGCGGCAUCUAGGCAAGUUAUAUUCUGUGAACAAUGCCUAAUGUUUAAGUAACUCCAAUAGGACGGUGGAUCCAUUAUGAAACCGUAUAAUAUGUUUACAGCUACUGAUAUAUUUACAAUGGAUCCGAACGAUAUAUAUGAUUCUAGGAUGGUGGAUAAAACACAACAUAAAAGCUAUAACGAUUCUGGUAUAUGUAAUUUUCUGCUCUUAAGAUGGGCUAAAUGGUGGGUGAAGUAUAUUUGCACUCAUAUCAUAGAACCGGAAGGGGUACACCGGUUGCCAGAGGCUGAUCAAAUUUCCUAUUGGCAACCAAUACUGUCAAAACAUGUUAGUGAUGGAAUCCUUCGACUGGAAGAAUCGCAAAGGCAGCAAUCUGAUGAUUUACAGGAUGGUAAAGGUAAAAAGCGUGGUAGGAGCAUAAUGCUCCGAGCAAUUUUGCUCACCUUUUGGCGUCGCAUUGCAUUAACACUCCUUGUAAUGAUUAUUAUUGCCAUUACCACAGCAGUAACCGUCAUGUUUUUAAAGCGGCUGCUUACCAUGUUAUCGAGUAAAGAACAAGACUGGGGAAUGAUUGUAUUAUUAGUCUGUUCUAUUGUUGGUAUAGAGACUGUAAAUACCUUCUUAGACCAGCACGCUAAUUUGUAUAACAUGCGUUUGCAAACUUUAAUGGAAGCGUCCAUCGCCAUAACUCUCUUUCAACAUGGAUUAUGCCACCGUAGGGAUUAUCCCAACUUAAUGCGCGCCCAUUCUGUGAGACAAGGAUGCAAAAGUGCUGUUCACGUUGCAUCUUCCACAAAUCAGGAUGCUUGUGAAAUAUUGGCAUGCCCAGCUAGGCGACAUCAAAAUGCUGAAUUGACGCCCAGUAUGUAUACUUUUUUGUUUGUGGAUACUUACUAUAUAGUGGCCCUUGUUGAUGCUUGUGUGAUGCUGUUGCGUUUUAUCUGUAAUAUCAUAGCUGGCAUACUUUUAAUAUACACACAAACAGGUAUGGAUAUACUACUCCCAAUAAUUAUUAUUGCAUCCAGCAUUGUAAUUAUGAUUUUGGUUGAAGUGAUUAAUGCGUGCAAUAUAAUUCAUUCGUUAAGGUCGAAGGAUGACCGUAUUUCAAAGAGUUCUGAUAUCAUUGGAUCCUUGAAGAUGUUGGAAGUUGCUGGUAUAGAAGACAUCGGUUUUAACGUGAUACAGGACAGUAGAAGCGAUGAGCUCGCGGUGCUUCAAUCCAGGCUUUCGUUAUUUUCAAUAAACCGGUCCUUGAUGAGAGUCAUUGGGGCCAUAGUGUACAUAGUGGUUAUUCUUGGUUUCAUCCGUAAGGAGAAAUCAGGAGCAAAUGGAGCGGACUUUGACGUUUCUCUUCCUAUUACACUGCUUCACAUUGUAAAUGCCAUUGUAGGUUCUUUUGAUUAUCUGCUCAAAAGUUUGAAAAUAGUGGUAGAAGGAGUUACAUCGAUCGGGAGGAUUGAAACAUAUAUGAAAACUUGUUCACCAAAUUUUUAUUUGACUAACCGUAACAUAUUGACGGGGUCACCCAGGAAGUCAUUACCUGCAGAAAUACCUAAAGGGGAUAAAAAUAUAAGUAAAAAUACACUUGUUAUUUUAAAGGAUGCCUCUUUUACUUGGCUUAACGUACGAGAAGAAUUCUUAAUGCAAUCUCCACAACCACCUUUGGUAUUUUCUGGCGUAAAUUUUGAACUAAAACGGGGUGACAUCCGUAUAGUCACCGGUAACCAAGGCAGCGGCAAAACUAGUUUUAUUAAAUCGAUCCUUGGGGAAAUGACCUUGGUUUCUGGCAGUAUGGCAGUGGCACCCUUGUCCACUGAUAUGCCCAUUUUCUACAGUUCACAAGAUAUAUGGCUUCCAAGCGGGACCAUUCGAUCUGUUAUCACUUUUGGCUACACCUUUGACGAAGAAGUUUAUCAUCAAGUAUUACGAAGUGUCGAACUUGAGUCAGAUAUCCAAUCAUGGGCCAAUGGAGAUUCACGUGUAAUUUCUGAGCAAGGUUACUCACUGAGUGGUGGGCAACGUGUUAGAGUGGGUCUGGCUAGGGCCCUUUAUGCCUAUAUGAUAUUCAGCAAAGCUAAUGAACAACUGGAGAACCGUUGCUGUUUCUUGGUGUGUCUUGACGAACCAUUCCACGGCCUGGAUCCGAAUGUAACCAUCAAAAUAUUUGACAACUUGUUUAACAAACGUACUGGGUUACUAGUGCGUGAUGACGUCGCAGUAAUUUUGACUAUGUCAAAAAGUGUCAUCAACUUAUAUACUUCGUCAGAUGUUCAGUCGAAUUUAGUUAACAUUCAAAUCCAUCAUAUAAAUGGACUUGAAGUUGGCAGCCCAGAACUAAUGGAUGUUGGUUCUCCACACAGAUUAAAAUCAUCUGAAGAGCUGUCCACACCGGGUGCAGGUGAAUCUCAUAUUGUAGGAAGUUAUGAUUGUUUUGCUCAUUCGCAGAGGUUUAAUGUGCUUUAUCACGAAGUAGAGAGCACCGUUGAUGCAUUCAACACGGAUCCACAGGGGGAAGGGAAUAGGGCAAAAUUGUCCCUAGAAGACCAGAAGAAACAAUGCGCAACAUCAUCUGCAUAUGGUCUCUACAUAUCCGGAAUGGGAAUAUUCUACAGUUUGGCUAUUUUUAUUUCUUUGAUCACUGCCAUUGUACUGGACAAAGUCUUCGGAAUACUAGUUGCACAAUGGUCAGAUGUGGUCAAGAGUUUGGAAGGCAACGACACAGUUCAAACAAAUCAAGAUGAAAUAUUGGCAAAACAUACUGAGGUUGCAACAAAAUUGAAGAUUUUGGUACCAUCUUUUAUUGCUUUAGUGUUUAUUGGCAUGUUUAUUGCUGUAUUUGCAAAUAUCCGUGCUUCCACUAGGAUACAUGAAUUUAUAAUGAAUUCAAUAUUUCAGAGGUCUUCUUCCGAGUUAAAACUAAAAAACUCUUUGGCAAAGAUUAUCACCUUCUUGACUUCGGAUAUUUAUUACAUUGAUGAACAUGUAGGUCGUUUCAUUGUAGCAACAUUAUUCUCUUUCCUCAGUAUCUGUGUCCAAUUCAUUACCAUUUGCUACACAGUGCCUAUACUUUCUCCCAUACCUAUUUUGAUGGGUGUAAUUCUGUACUUGUUUGUAGUUAAGAACUAUUUGAUAGCUUCCAAGAUACUGCAAAAUGUUAUGUUAGAAGCGAAUAAUUCGAUCAAUGCAGUCUACGGUGAUGUUAUUGCUGGAUCUGCAAUUUACAGAAGUUUUCGGAAGGAGCAUUUAUGUAUUAAAAGAGUCUGCGUUUAUUCGGAAAAUUUUUAUGCCAUCAAGUUUCUGAAAAUUGCAUUAACUACCUGGGCAAUGUUAACCUGCAAGCUUUUUGCCGUCGGCAUUGUUUUGUGCGCGGCCUUUAUCCCUGUAGUAUAUGCUUAUUUCCGUGGUGAUGAGCUUAAAGUAGCACAAAUUGGUUUGGGCAUUUCAUAUUCUUUGGGGAUAAAUGGUCUGCUUCAUGGAUUUAUAUUCAAUUUUUCCAUGCUGGAAAAGCAAAUGUGUUCCAUGGUACGUUUUCGAGACUACUUCCUGCAGGGGAAAACCUCAUUACGACACACGUUUGAAACAAUGAAUGAGACGGUGAUGAUCACAAACGCAUUUACGGAAUACCUAGGUGACAACCAAAGGCGCUGGAGUGGAUUGUCACGCCGUCGUAAAAACGAGUAUUACAACUUUUUAUUCAGGAAGUACCUUUCUUGCCUGGGCUACUUAUUUUACCGUCCCAAAGUGGAAUUCCUGGAUUGCGAAUAUUACUUGCCUGGGGAACACACUACUUUGGAGCUUCGUGAUGUGUCCGUUACCAUCCCACCUAGGACCGAGACCAAUGUACCAUCGCCUAUAUUAAAGCAUGUUACCGCUUCUGCCAAUGCGGGUGAUAUAAUAGGCAUUGUCGGUCGCACUGGAGCUGGCAAGAGUACGUUGUUGGCGACGCUACAGAACAUAGUGGAACAUCGUGACGGGUCACUGUUGAUUGACGGUCGUGAAAUGAAGUCUAUACCACGCAAGGUUUUGCGUCAUAUUGUGGGUGUCCUGCCACAAAUGCCAUUUAUACCAAAGGGUUGGACACUUCGUAGGUUCCUUGACCCUCGUAUGUUGUACUCAGAUGAUGAGAUAAUAAGUGCUCUAGAAUGCUGUGGUCUCCAGGAUCUCGUCAAUAUCGAAGGCGGUACAAACUUGCUAGACGCCAUCCUAGUAAGGUCUAAUAUCAAGGUUAACAAGGGUUUGUACCUAAUGCCCCCGUUGGUGCGCUUGAGAGGUCCAAAGGACGAUGCAAUUUGUUUGGAUCGCUCCCUGUCCGGUUCUAGAGGCAACAAUGAAAACAGAAAUAGUGGCUUCUCAACCAGUCAACUACGUCAGCUGUCGUUUGCCCGGCUGGUCCUUUAUCGCAAAACUUAUCGCAUCCUUCUGAUCGACGAGCCUCCUGCAGAAAAUUGCGAGAGCGCGCCGAAGGAGAUUUUAGACACACCUCGUGAGAGCACGAAUGACAUCGGUAUGCCCAUAUAUGACCUUGUGAAAAUCCACUUCCGCCAUUGCACCACCUUUAUAGUGGCUCACAAUAAGAACGCGCUCAAGACUUGCACUGCUGUCUGGAUCAUGCGUGACGGUAUGCUCGUCAGAGAAUGCUCAGCAGAAGAGUUUAUGGUUAACGGGCGAAAAAUUAUGGCCAACAUAGAACUCUAUCUCGCAAAUAUGGAUUCGACGUAGGGCACUGCUGU